AUGCCAUCGUCUAAUGAUACAGAAAAAGAUGUAUUAUUAAAUGAAAAAUGUAAGAAGGAAAUAUUUAACACAAAUAAUGAUGAAUAUUCGAAUGAAAUAUCCAACAAAUCAGAUAAAAAAUUUUCAUAUGAUAACCAAUGUUAUAUUAUUCAAGAAAUACCUUUUGUAGAUUAUUAUAAUUAUAAAUAUGAGAAAUUAAAUAAAUAUGAUGAAGAAAAAGAAUCUUAUUUUAUUAAUGAUGAUAAUACUUCAUCAUCUUCAUCAUCAUGUUCAUCAUAUAAGUGUCAAGAAAAUGAUUGUAAUAAGGAAAUAAAUGAAGAAAUAAAUGAAGAAAUAAAUGAAGAAAUAGAUGAAGAAAUAAAUGAAGAAAUAAAUGAAGAAAUAGAUGAAGAAAUGAAUGAAGAAAUAAAUUAUAAUAAAAGUUUUAAUAAGUAUAUUUAUGAUAAAAAAAAUUAUAGAAAUAAAGUAGAAGGAAAUGUUAAUAUUGAUAUAAAAAAAUGUACUUAUAAAAAACAUAUAAAAGAAAAAAAUAGAAAUGAAUUUUUAAAACAGUGUGAAUUUAAUAAAGACGGAAGUUGUUAUUAUACCAUUUCUAAUAGUAAUAAUUUAAAUAUGUUUGCUACCGAUUUGUCCUUAUUAAAUUUUUUACAGAAUAAUGAACAAGAUGAAUAUAUGAAAAAUUUAGAUACAUUAUAUGAUAUAUACAACAAUAUGGAUGAAAUAGAAUUAUUAAAAAGAAAUAAUAGUUGGUUACAUAUGAAAUUUGAUGAACAUUUAUAUGAUUGUAAAUUUUAUCCUUAUUUUGAAUGGAAUGAUUCGAAUAGCUGUUUUUUUUCAGCUUGUUCAAAAAAUAAACCAGUUUCUUUAUAUAGCGCUUUUGAUGGUUCCGAAUUAAUGUCUUUUAAGCCAAUGAAUGAAUGCAAUGAAUUAUGUAACUGUUAUUCGUUAUGUUUUCAUCCAGAAAAAAAUUGGUUAUUAUGUGGUACAAACAAAUCUAUAAAGGUAUUUGAUUUUAACAAACCUUCUGAAACCUUAGAAAAUAGAAUUUUAAGUACAAGAAAGGGUAAAGGACAAAAAGGUAUUAUAUCCACUAUGGAAUAUAAAAAUGAAGGAUAUGGUAAAAAUUCUAUAUAUGCAGUUGGGGAUUAUAAUGAUUGCUUAUAUGUAUAUGCAGAUAAUUGUGAUCAUAAAAAUGAUUAUAUUUUAAAAAUUGAAAAUAAAAAAAAUUCCAAUGGAAUAACAUGUGUUAAAUGGUAUCAAGAAUUUUUCAUUUUAAGUGGAAGUAGAAAUUGCUCUUAUAUAUAUUUAUAUGAUAUAAGAAAUGUUAAAGACUAUAUACAAAAGUAUGAAAGACAUGCUUUAACAAACCAACAAUAUUUAUUUGAUAUAUAUAAAAAUUAUCUUUUAUGUGGUGAUACAUUUGGUUAUAUAUACAUAUAUAAUAUAACAAAUAAUAGACUAAUAAACAAAUAUUUUGUUAACAGAUAUUCUCCAAUUAUAUCAAUAAACAAACACCCUAUUUAUCCACUUCUCUUAACAGGGUCUGGAACCAGACGAUUUUACGAAAAUAAUGAUUAUCCUAUUGAUAUAAUAACAAAUAUUAUUAAUAGUAAGAACACACAUAUAAAAAAUUUAUACAAUAUAUCAAAUGACGAAAAACAAGAAAAUAAUAAAAAGUUUCCAUCCUUAUCUAAAUAUAUAAAUAGUGUCUGUACUAUUCUGAUGGAUUUUCCAAGAUGA